AUUCAGAAUACGCACACGGGGCUGGAUUUGUCAGUGCCGGAAUACCAGGAAAUCCGUGGGAAGAUGAUGUCUGGCCACGUAGAGUAUCACAUUGUCGUUGUUACCCGACUGGCUGCCUUCAAAUCAGCAAAGCACAAGCCUGAAGAUGUAGUUCAAUUUAUGGUCUCCAAGAAGUACAGCGAGAUAGAGGAGCUCUACCAGAAACUGUCAGCACGAUAUCCACAGGCUUCUCUUCCACUCUUGCCUAGAAAAGUUCUCUUCGUGGGGGAAUCUGACAUCUGUGAACGAAGAGCUAUGUUCAAUGAUAUCAUGAAAUUUAUCUCAAAAGAUGAGGAUCUAGCAACGAGUCCUGAGUUACUGGAAUUUUUAGGAACAAAAUCUACUAGUGCCCUUGACUUCAAGGGUAAAAACAUUCCUGAUGACAAGGAGAAAGAAGAUGAAGAAAAUGAGGCAUUGGAUUUUUUCAAAGAGGAGAAGACACCUGACUUAAUCUCACAGCUUUCAUCAGUGGAAAAUGCCAAAAAAGGGGAGAAAAAAGAAGAGGAAGAGGAGGAAGAAGUUUUAGACCCUCUUGGUAUAAUCAGAACUAAAAAAACAAAGAAGGCAUCUGCUCCUCCAACCAAGGAAGAGAAACCCAAAUUAACCAUUUUUGAAGAGGAAGUAGAUCCAGAUGAAGGACUCUUCGGCCCAGAAAAAGAUUUCUCAUCAAUUGGUCCCAGGAAGAAGAUGAAAGACAAUCUGAAAUUAUUUGAAGAUCCAGACCUUGGUGGGAUGGUAAGACUGGGUGACUCACUACUGCUGCCAGCUGCCUGUAAGAACAGGGAGUAUGUGCUGAACACAGGUCCUGAGGAGGACACUGAGGAACUGCUCAGAGUUGAAGAUGAUUUAGAGAAACUCUUGAAAGUAACCUCCAAAACAAAACCUAAGGUACCAUCAAAACCUAAGGUACCAUCAAAACCUAAGGUGCUAUCAAAACCACCACUGCCUCAGAAGCCAGACAUUGCCUCCAGGAGCACUGAUUCAUCUCCACUGGAAAAGCCAAAGGAAAACAGGAUUCAGACAAUGAAUGAAGUGGACAUUCUCAAGUAUAUCCAGGAAAAUGAAUCUAUCGACAACCAAGAUACAAGUCUUUUUUGA